AUGACUAUGAGCGCGCCUGCGGCAGUCGCGGGCGGCGCGCUGGGCGGAAAUGGAAAUGGAAAUGGAGAAGGCGCCUCGGCCGAUGCAGCCAUCGCUUCCCUCACCUCAUCCUUCGACACGGCCGACGAGCUGCUCAUCUCUACACGGUCACAAUCACAGCCACAGCUCAUACCCACAAAGUACGGGCCUCGCUUUGCAUCACCCGUGGAUGACGCGUUGCAGCCAACAAUAUCGCGCUCAUCUCUCACGUCGAUAAUGGAGCAUGACGAAAUGCCAGUCAACGGUCAAAACUCGAGUAGUGACGAAGAUCAGCAGCAGAUUCAACCUUACGAUGUCUUCCCCGUCCAGGGCGACUUCACAGACUCAGACGGGACACCUAUAGCAUAUACACCCCAGAGCAGUAUCUAUCCCGGAUCUGCCGUCUUCUCGUCCGGGCAAUGGGGCUCUUAUAACGGCACAGCCCGGCCUCGAGGCGGGAGUGGCAAUCCUCCGGCUGCCAUGAUGGAGAGAUCCUUCACGACUGAUGGCCAACAUGCCCAAGCAGAUCUGCGAGGAGCCAGACCGAACGUGCUCAGAACGCCGUCAUCGACCUACGCCCCACAACGAAGGCCGCCGCAGUUCCUCUCGCUCAAUUCGAAACGUAUGUCCUCAUCGUCGGCAGUGCGAGCCAGAAGAAAUCCAGAAGCACAGUACAAGGCACAAGAGAAGGCAUAUGUUCAGAAGGUCAGACAGCAGCCACAAGAAUGGCUCAACGGCGGAGACAUGCGGACGCCCACCUUGAGCUAUAGCACCGACGACAACACCGACGAGGACGAGUCACCAAUGACCGAGUCCCAAUUCGAGGACCCCUACGAUCCCGAAACGUUGAUGUUCUUGGGCAACGAAGACAAUGUACAGCCGUCAGAGGAGGAGCUGCAGGUCUCAGAGAACAGAGAACGUCUCGAGUGGCACUCAAUGCUGGCAUCAGUCCUCAAGGGCGAUGUCGUCAAGCAAGAGAAGCAGCGUCUCAUUGGAACAGCAGAGCAAAUGACACGGAAUGAGAUAGGCGACGAGAUAUGGAUGGGUGCUAGAGCAAAAUUGUUUGGUCGGGCUGUGCCAAUGCAGCGGAAACUCAUCGAAGAAGCUCGAUCCGGACUCGGCCCGACGAUUGAGACCAUCAUCUCGUUCGAAAUCAAGGGAGAGACUAUCGUUGGCAAGUCGCCGCUCGAGCAAGUUGAAGAGGCUGUACAGAAGAUCGAGAAAUGCGAAUUCUUGUUUCCCAGCCGAGCACAGAUGGAGGCGACCGAACCGAGAGCUGCGUCCGAUGCCUUUCGAGAAAGCUGCGAUGCCAUACUGUCCUGGUACAACAUCACACAAAUCAUCAACAUUGAAUUAGGAAUUCUUCAAGCUUGGGUUGGCAAUCCGGAGCUUGACUUUACAAAGACGAAACCAAAGUCGGAAAGGGAGAAGUUGACGGACGAGUCUUCCUUCAUCGAUCGGAUCCUGAAGGAGGACGGUCUCAAGGCUCUGCAAACCGAGAAAAGCAUGUUCAUCGGCAUCAGCGAAGUCAUCAAGAAGGCCAAAGUCACUCUGACCGAGAAUGCACACACCUUCGCCGCCAGACACCUUCCACCAUACAUCGAGGAGCUACUCACCUUGAUCAACUUCCCAUCCAGACUCAUCCAGGAAAUCAUCAAGGUCCGUUUAUCGUACGCAAAGAAGAUGAAAGAAUCAGCUCAGCAGUCUGUCAUGAUCAUCGACCAAAUGAUCUCACAGUUCCAGAUUCUGAUGCAGCUGGCAUGCAACGUCAAACGUGAGUACAACGCCAUCAUCCGCCGGAAGCUGGUUCUGGAUGCCCUACGCUUCUACUUCAAGAUGCUCAACUGGAAGCUGGGUGCAAACAAGAACACUUUCCGAGAAGCCGAAAUUCUGGAACAGGAAUGGGGCUUUUCGAACGAGAUCGGGAGACAGCUCGAGGGAGGCGAUAUCGAGGUCGCAGAACAGUUCAGCUCGUUGACAGCCAAAUCGUUACUACGGCUGACGGCAUCAUUCGAACGAGAACUUCGACAGAAACCAGAUGAGUCGCCACAGGAGAUGGAGAAGAGGUACAAGGCAAUCCUCGACUCUGUUCGUGUGAGACAGCGAAAGCUGUUUCGUUUCUCCCGGCUGCUGCGACAGAGGUUCGAGAACUCAACAGAGUACAAUCUUGGAAUGAACGAGGCGCAAAUGCAGGACUUCACCGAAUCCCUUGCCAUGUCAGGCCACUUCCUCAUCGAAAUGGGAUCGAACACGCCGAAGGGCACAUACUUCAUCGGCUCUUUGGCUCUUUGGGACAAACCACAGCACAUACAAUCCGUCCUCGGCACAUCUCUUCAUGUCGACGAUGCAACGGAUGUUGCGGACCCUGCAUACAUCCUUGCACUGAGACCUGAGGAAGGCUUCAGCUGGUCAGGCCCGAAGAUGUCUGCUGAUGUGAUUGAGUUGCCAGCGGAUGUGCGUGUGGGACGUCUGCGCCUCAUUGCUGAUGGCUCAUCACAACGGCUUCCUGCAGCUCGAGAGACCUUCGCCGGAUACUGCGGUCGCACCUUUGAUGUAGUCAUCGAGCAACGUGCCAACCUCUCGCGUGUUAACACCGAGCUCGGCAAGAUCAAGAAGACCACCUUCAAGCUCUCUAACACGAUCAUGGAGUCUGUCGAAGCUAUUAGAUCUCAGUCUGGCGCCGCCGCAACCCCAGAACUGAUCCAGUCCUGUUUUGCAUUCGCUACUGAAUUUGGCAAACGCUCACUGUCAUACAUGGAUCCCAACAGGCGGAUGAUGAACAAUCUGAAGCUCACGCGCCUUGCUCUUGACUGGAUCAGCUUCAUUACUGACGAUUGCGAAGCCGCUGACCGACGGACUUUCAAGUGGGCUGUGGUGGCACUCGAGUUCGCCAUGGCCAUGACUCGGGGCAGGAAUAUUCUCGACAUCUCCGAUGAAGAAUACUCGCGCAUCCGAGUGAAGGUCGCCGGCUGCAUGUCUGUGCUGAUCUCACACUUCGAUAUCAUGGGUGCACGUUCGACGCUUGCUGCUCAACAGGAGAAGUCCCGCAUGGACGCCGCCGGCGUGAAUCAGAAACGACUUGACUUCUCCAAGAUGCGCAACGACGACGACUGCUUCCAGCAGAUGUGUGAAUCGCGUCUUGCGCAGCUCGAGGAGAUUGACAACUUGCGCCAUGAGCGUGGACCAAGCAAAGCUACGCUGGGCAAAGUCCUCGAGGGCAGCAAUGAAGCCGACCGCUCCUUGACCUUCCUAAGCUCAAGCGCCACAAACAUCACUAUGCGUUGGCAGCAAGGUCGCUACGUAGGCGGAGGUACUUUUGGAUCUGUCUAUGCCGCCCUCAAUCUCGACACCGGCAACCUCAUGGCUGUCAAAGAGAUCCGUCUGCAAGACCCACAAGUCAUCCCGACAAUCGUCAAACAGAUUGGCGACGAAAUGUCCGUCUUAGCAGUCCUCGACCACCCCAACGUCGUUUCCUACUACGGCGUCGAAGUUCACCGCGACAAAGUCUAUAUCUUUAUGGAGUACUGCUCAGGUGGCUCGCUUGCCGGCUUGCUCGAGCACGGUCGCAUCGAAGACGAGACUGUGAUCAUGGUCUAUGCAUUACAAAUGCUCGAGGGGCUUGCGUAUCUGCACCAAGCUCGAAUCGUGCACCGUGAUAUCAAGCCAGAGAACGUCCUGCUGGACCACAACGGCGUCAUCAAGUACGUCGACUUCGGCGCCGCCAAGGUAAUUGCACGGCAAGGUCAGACCAUGAUGGCUCAGCCCGAACCCAGCCCAUUGAAGCAAGACCAAAAAGCCGGCAAAGACGGCCAGCAGCAGGGCGGUAAAGGCGGCCAGCCGCAGAAAACCAUGACCGGCACACCGAUGUACAUGUCUCCCGAAGUAAUCCGUGGCGAAGCACCACCCAACUCCCGCUUCUUCGGUGCCGCGACAUCUGGUCUUUGGGCUGCGUCAUUCUCGAAAUGGCGACCGGCCGGAAAUCCUCCACAGCAGCCGACUGAAGAGCAGCUCUCCGACGGCGGGCGCAAUUUCCUGAGGAAAUGCUUCGAGCGGGAUCCCGCGAAGCGCCCCUCCGCAGCGGAAUUGCUGCAAGACCCGUGGAUUGUAGAAAUCAGGCGACUGGUGGUGGAUGAUCAAGAGGCGACGAGUGCGGGAGGUUUUAGCAGGAGUGACACGAUGAGUAGUCUGAGCAACUCGGCCUCCAACUCUAGUGGUGGUGUGGGGCUGGCGAGUGGAACGUGGACGGCGAAUAGUGGGUUGACGCCGACGAGUGAAAGCCCGGCGGAUGUUGAGGGGGAGGGUGUGGCUAGGUCGCAGUAG